CUGUAAUUUCAGUACUCGCGUGGACAUUAAAAAAAAAAAAAAGGAAAACUCCCUCUGGGGAUCCGGAACACUUAAAACAGGCGAAUAACUACGCGCCCUACUCUUGACGAAUAUUCACCGUUCGGCAACCAUCGGACCGUCACUACAUUAGUGUUUGCGAUCUGUUGUGAGGGGUGUUUAGUUUUUAUUACAAAUCAUCACCGUUCAAGGGAGACUUGCAGAUCACAUAUCUCACACCAUGGCGCCGACCACUACCACCAAGACCGUGGAGGAACCUCCCAAGUCUCAGUCUCAGCCCCAGUCGCAGUCGCAGUCUCAAUCUCAGCCUCAGACUCAGCAGCAGCCGAAGGAGGAGGACACUCCCGCCGACCUUGAUUCAAUGACAGACCUCAUCGACCAGAACACAUUCGACCAGAUUCUCGAGAUGGACGACGACGACGACGACCGGGAGUUCAGUAAGGGCAUUGUUUUUGGCUUCUUCGACCAGGCGGAAAGCACCUUUGACAAGAUGGAGAAGGCCUUAGAGGAAAAGAAACUGGCAGAGCUCUCGUCACUCGGUCACUUCCUGAAAGGAUCGUCCGCCACUCUGGGCCUGAUCAAGGUCAAGGACGCAUGCGAGAAGAUCCAGCACUUCGGCGCCGGCAAGGACGAGACGGGCUCGACCGACGAACCCGACGACGAGGUGUCCCUGAAGAACAUCCAGAAGACCCUCACACAGGCCAAGAAGGAUUACAAGGAAGUAGAGAAAUUCCUCCGCAAGUACUUUGGGGAGUCUUAA